GACGGAUCAUGGAUCCACCCCCUCCUUUGAUACCCUAGGCUUUUGUUGUGUCCGAUUCGCCCUAUUGAUUAACACAGAACUCGUCCAUGGUUACAUCCAACUUCCCGUCCUUGAUGAGCCUGACCUUUUACAUCACAUAUCCGCAGGCUCUAAAUAGUAUAUCUACUCAUGGGUCCCAUUAUCUAAGGGCCUAGGUGAAGGAACGGAAAGGGAAGGGAAGGGAAGGACCUGAAACAGCGGCAUCUAACAAAAUGUCUCUAUUGGACCAUCCCAAAGCCUAUGGCACUGCGGCAGUGGCGGCUGCCUUCAUGGCCGGCGUGGUGGUCACGCUGGGCUUCAAAGACCUCUACCCAGACCUGGAGAGGCGGUACAGGGGCGGAAGCAAGUCCAGGGCCGACGACCCGCGCCGGCGAAGCCUAUUCGGCCAGCUGGGGCUCGGCCCCAUGCGGCUGCAGGACCGCGACGCGCCCGGCGGCCCCGCCGUCGCAGGCUCAGGGGCGCUGGGCACUGACGUCAGAGACGGCAUCGAGCAGUGCAUUGGGGGCACGCCCCUGGUCAAGCUCCGCAGCCUGUCCGAGGCCACGGGGUGCACCAUCCUGGCCAAGGCCGAGUUCCUCAACGGCGCCGGCGGCAGCCCAAAGGACCGCGUGGCCCUGAGCAUGAUCCUCGACGCCGAGGAGCGUGGCCUGCUCGUCCCGGGCCGCGGCGACACCAUAUACGAGGGGACCGUCGGCAGCACCGGCAUCUCCCUCGCCAUCCUGGCCCGCGCCAGGGGCUACCGCGCCCACAUAUGCAUGCCCGACGACCAGAGCCACGAGAAGUCGGACCUGCUGCUGCACCUCGGUGCGACGGUCGAGCGCGUCCCCGUCGCCCCCAUCGCCGAUAAGCGCCAUUUUGUGAACCUGGCCAAAGCGCGCGCUGAGAGCCAUACCGCCGCGGCCGCGCCCGGCGGCAGCGUCGGCUUCUACGCCGGCCAGUUCGAGUCGCCGGCCAACUACAGGGCCCACAUGGCCACGACCGGGCCCGAGAUCGUCCAACAGACGGGCGGUCGGAUCGACGCCUUCGUCGCCGGCGCCGGGACCGGCGGCACCAUAUCGGGCGUGGCGCUGCACCUCAAGGAGGAGGCCGGGCUCUCCGCCACCCACAUCGUGCUGGCGGACCCGCAGGGCAGCGGCCUGUACAACAAGGUCAAGCACGGCGUCAUGUACUCGUCCUCGGAGCGCGAGGGGACGCGCCGGCGGCAGCAGGUCGACACCAUCGUCGAGGGCGUCGGGCUCAAGUGGCUCACGUCAAACUUCGAGGCCGGCCGCGAGCUGAUCGACGACGCCGUGCGCGUGACCGACGAGCAGGCCUGCGUCAUGGCCCGCUGGCUGGUGGAGCACGACGGCAUCUUCGUCGGCAGCAGUAGCGCCGUCAACUGCGUGGCGGCCGUCAUGACCGCCCGCAAGCUCCCUCGCGGAAGUCAGGUUGUGACGGUCCUGUGCGACUCGGGCUCCCGCCAUCUUAGUCGCUUCUAUAAGCAAAUCACGUCCGUGGGGCUUGAAGAGCCGCACCGCCUCGAUAGGACCGCUGACCUCUUUGCCCUUUUGGAGAAGCCGCGCGCGGUAGGGUCAUCAAGUGGACAAUCUGAGAACGGGGCAGCCCCAUGAGCGACGAUCCAACAGGAUAGUCUCUGGUUACCGCCUAGCUUCCCUGUGACAUGCUGAGAGUCUAGGCGACGGGCUUGUAUCCCAUUGCCAAUUCUCGCUCGGUGCACAAGACCAGUCCGGUCCAUCCAUCGCGGCCAUUACAUGGCCAGUAUCCUGCCUAAAAAGUGCCUCUGGCGCUGCAAGGUCAGAGCAUUUUGCCUUGCUAUUCAUGCGAGAAAGCGGGCCUGGAAAAUGCACAAGUCAGAUCCAGUGCCAGAGAUCGCGCGGCCAGGGAUAAUCAAAAUAAAGAUAAAGAAUAAACACCUUGCCAAUCCGCUCAACUCCAGCCCGGUCCCAGUUGGCCUACCCGUUGCGGUGACUCAACGGCGAUAGAAAAUAGAAAGUGAAACGUCUGGAUAUGAGAAAGAAAGGGUGGAAAGAGGGAAAGGGAGGAUACGAAAUUCCAAAAUUCAGAUAUAGGUACGGAAAUGAUGCUUGCCACGCUCUAGCUAGCAUCUGCCCUAACACACGC